CCUGUAUCGUUGUCAUUCUCAGCUCUAAAACCCUACUCGCUCUGCAACUACGCUCUCUCCAGAGUGUUGAACAAAACCCUAACAACAGUAAAAAUGAAAACCCUUGAUGAAUCUGACGUCGGCAUUUUCUGCUUCAUCUCCAACCUCCCUGGUUUUCGUGGCAUCCUCAAACAAAGGUAUUCUGAUUUUAUUGUCAAUGAAGUAGGUACUGAUGGAAAUGUUGUUCAUUUGACCUGUUUAGAUGCACCUCCAGAGGCUGUGGUGGAGCAUAAGGAAAUGAAGAGAUCUGAUCAAUUGAAUAAAAGCUAUGCAUCUGAAAUUGAAUCGUUCAGAUCACUUGCAGGUGAUUCUGAUGCAGAUUGUUUGAAGGCUCUGAUUAAUCAAAUUACUUCUGGCAAUAGUGAAGACAGCAUUUCGCCUGUUGUUCUUUCUGCUAAUUCAGAUAAAUCCCAUCGAACGGCAAUACAUAAUUUCUUUAAGGAGAACUUCAAAUUCCUGGUCACAGACACAAUUGAUGGCCCGGAUGCUUCAUCAAAAUGCAUACGCGUGAGAUUGAAUUCAGGAGGGAAUAAUGGCAGUGGUCGAAAUUCUAAGAAACGGAAAGAGAGAGGUGAUAACCCUUUCGAUAGCAGAGGUUCAGAAAAUUGGCCUGAGCAUCAAGGCAAAUUCCUCAGGUUUCAUCUGUACAAAGAGAACAAGGAUACGCAGGAGGCUUUGGGGCUGAUAGGAAAGAUGCUUGGCAUCCAGUCAAGAUCAUUUGGUUUUGCAGGUACAAAAGAUAAGCGCGCAGUCUCAACACAAAGGGUAACUGUUUUCAAGCAGCGUGCAAGUAGAUUAGCUGCUCUUAAUAAAAGGUUGAUUGGGAUCCAAGUUGGUGAUUUUUGUUAUGUCAAGGAAGGUCUUCUUCUUGGGCAGCUCCAAGGAAAUCGAUUCACGGUCACAUUACGAGGAGUUGUUGCAAAUUCUGAAGAUGUCAUCAAGGCAUCUGCAAACUCAUUAGGAAGGCUUGGGUUCAUCAACUACUUUGGUUUGCAACGUUUUGGUAGUGGUUCUGUGCCAACUCAACUUGUUGGAGCCACAUUACUUCGAGGAGAGUGGAAAGCUGCCGUAAGCAUGAUUCUUGACCCAAGGGAAGGGGAAAGAAAUGAGAUAAGCAAGGCAAGAGAAUAUUAUAAGGAAACUGAUGACAUUGACGGGACUCUAAGAAAACUACCUCGCCAUUUGGUUGCUGAAAGGGCUAUUCUGCAGUGUUUGAAGAAAUGUCCUGGGAAUUUCUUGCAGGCCCUGAAGGCUAUACCUAGGACGUUGAGAAUGAUGUAUGUACAUAGUUACCAAAGCUACUUGUGGAACCAUGCAGCAAGUAUGAGAGUGGAAAAAUACGGAACUGAGCAAGUUGUGGUGGGAGACUUAGUAUAUUCUAAAGCAGAUAAUACUGAGGAGCUGACAUGUGUUAAUUCUGAAUGUGAGGCUGAGAAUUGUAAUGACAUAGAUGAUUGUGGUCAAUUAGAUGAGGUCUCAGCUACAGAACUUCCUGUAGGAAGGAAUAAUCUUGUUAAGACUGCAACUGCAGAAGAUAUCCAUACUGGAAAAUAUACUAUUGAUGAUGUCAUUCUUCCUAUGCCUGGUUCCCGAGUGAUUUAUCCCACAAAUGAAGUUGCUGAAGUUUAUCAUCGUCUGGCAAAGAAGGAUGGGAUCAACUUGACAGAGAUUGUUCAUAAUGUCAAGGAAUUCUCAAUAACCAGUAUGACUGGAAGUUACCGGCAGGUGUUUCAAAAGCUGUUGGAUUUUGAAUGGGAGUUACUCAAGUACACUGAUGCCAGUAAACCAUUGGCUGAGACAGAUUUGGACAAAAUUGCCAAAGCUAAACCUCUGAGCAUAAUAAAAGAAGAGGAACUGGUCGGUGGAGAUGAGAAAAAGGAUCCCUCUGAUUGCAUAGAACAAUUUGAAAGCUUAGAAAAUGUAAUAAAGCUUUCAACAGACGAUAAUGAAGCAGAUUGCGGCAGAGAGUUAAGAGUGCCACAAUUCAAAUCGCUUCAUGGGUCUGAUUCUCAGGAAGUCCAGAUGGCACUCAAGUUGGGGUUUACUCUUCCGACUUCAUGUUAUGCCACAAUGGCCAUAAGAGAGCUUCUGAAAACAUCAACAUCUGUUGCAUUCCACAAAACAUUAAAUCAGUGAGCACAUCACCUCUUGUAGAGAUUUAGUUAUUUGGGACAGUCAGAUGUGUUAUCUAGAAAGAUUGUAAUCCAUGAGAAUCAAGAAUGAAGUGCGAGGAAAUUAGGUGGCAUGGAGAUUAUACAUUACUGAACUCACUGUUAUUGGUAUAUGCUAGAGAUACAUGGAGUCCCAGAUAUACAAAUGGCAAUACAAAGAAGAUUGUGUCCUCUUACAUACAAUUUUGUAUUCGUCCUUUUGUUGCUACAUAUUGUUCUCUUGAACUACCCUGUGUGUGUGUGUGUAUACAUACAUAUUUAUAUAUAUAACAAGGCGAAUAUUUGGAACUUGUUUCAUUAAUAAUCUUUAUAUUUAUGCAUUUGAUUUUUUUUUUCCUCCUGAAAUUCAUCAACUCCUCCAUAACUGCAGCUGUUCUGCUUCCUGAAAACAGAUUUACUCUUAUGCUAGCACUGAAGUUUAUUAUAAGAUGUUGGUCAUGGUGUAAAUACUUUUGACAUUUGAUUUAUGAGUUAGAAACCAUUGAUCUCUACUCUCCUGUUUAUUUCCACAAUACCAUCUAAAUUUCUCAACUUGUUCUUUUAUUGAAACUUGAAUCAGUUGUCAUGUAUAUCGUCUGUUCUCUCUUCCUAAAAUCGUCCGAGCAGUGUCAAGGUAGCAAGCCAUGAUUUAUUAGUACAGGGUCAAAUGGGGCAGCAGUCAAAUAAAUCAACACAUCAGGCAACCAAAGAUUCAACAAAAGCUGUCUAUAGC